AAAGAGCAAGUCAUAUCAGGGAGAGGCAGUUUAAGACGUGUACGUGCAGACAGGAGCAUUUGAAGCCAUGCGUAUGUAGUGCAGUGACACACAGCAUCUAUGUUGGUUUGUCCUUUAAAUUUUGGAGUGUUUUUUAUUUUCUUUUAAGGCUUAUUGAGGAUUACAAGGCAGACACAUGGCACCAGACUCUGCCAAAACUGGGAAGGUGAGGAGCCAGCAGCAGAGAAGAUCACUGUGAGGAGGAUGAGAGAUGCAAACGAGCAUCACUUUGAUGGGUGAUAAUGCGGGAUCACACGUCCGGUGCUAACGUGGAGGAGCUGCUGAGGCAGUCGCAGAUGGAGUUACAGUGGAUCCAGAGACAGCUGGCCAUGAUCGCUGCCAGAAACAUACACCAUCACCACCUGCACACCAAGGCCAAGUCUAAAUAUGAAGCUUCAUCCCAGCAGGCCACGGGACUCUCCCUUCGAUUUCGAUUGCUAGAGGAGAGAAACCGAGCUCUGAAGCUUGAAGUCGCCACGCUUCGCCAAGAUAAGCAGCAGUGCAGGAAACUGAAAGCAAAGCUCCAUGCUGCCUUGCAGGAGAAAAAUCGUCUGAACCUUGAGCUGAUCAACCAACACCUGAAGACGUCCAAGUAUGACCAGGUGCGAUCAGACUAUGACCAGCUGAGACAGACCUUUGCUGUAGUGAGCCAGGAGAGAGACGUGGCCCAGCAGCAGAGGAGCCAACUCCAAAGCAAAGUAGAGAACCUGGAACAGGUUCUAAAGCAUAUGCACAAGGCUGUAGAGCUGAAGCAGCAGCUGCAGAUAGAGCAUGAGCAAGCCUUGGUGGCCCUUCACACCAAGCAGAAGGAGAUCAAUCAACUGCAAAAGGUCAAGGUUCGUGACCUGGAGCAGAAAUGCAGGUCACAGAGUGAACACUUCCACCAGCUGUCCAACGAGCUGCUGAAUUUCCGUCUGCAACCAGAUACUGUGGACAUCCUUAAAAUUAGUCCCAAUUCCGCAUCCCAGAUCCCACUCUCAUCAGAGAAGAAACUCUCACAAGUCAUUGUUGGAUUUGAGGACCAGACAGAGACAGGCGAUGAGAGCGCGGCAAACACGCCGCUACUGAUCUCCCAGUUCUUGCCCUGCACACCACAGACUGGAGACAGAGAAAGACCAGAACUGCUGUCUGUCAAAUCCAGCACUGUGACAACGGACCGCCCAAACAGCCCUCGACAGCGGACCCCCUCAGAGAUGGAGGAUGAGACCAGCCCAUCACCCAGGUCCAAGCCUCGCUACACAGGCCAGGUCCGCCUUUGCACUGCCCGAUACAGUUACAACCCUUACGAUGGACCAAACGAGCACCCUGAAGCAGAGCUCCCCCUCGUGGCCGGAAAGUAUCUGUACGUGUAUGGAAACAUGGAUGACGACGGCUUCUAUGAAGGGGAGCUGCUGGACGGCCAGCGAGGACUUGUUCCUUCCAACUUUGUGGAAUUUGUCCAGGACAAGGAAAAACUAGCGAUUCAGUCUGGGGAGGGCGGGGAAGACCUGGGCCCACUGGACCAUAUGCCUCUGGCCUUGACAGCUGUGGAUGGAGGUGCCUCCCAGGAUGGCCUCCUGGGCUCAUGUAACGCCUUGGUUCCCUGUAGCAAUGGGACAGGAGGGCCCCUGGACCCCGAGGACCUGGCUGAAGACGUCGUGCCUUAUCCCCGAAAGAUCAACUUGAUCAAGCAGCUGGCACGGAGCGUCAUCGUGGCCUGGGAGCCUCCACUAGUGCCUUUGGGCUGGGGGAACAUCUCUGGCUACAAUGUGUUAAUAGACGGGGAGCUCCGUGCCAGCAUACCGUACGGUGGCCGGACCAAGUGCUUGCUGGAGAAGCUGGACCUGGACGGCUGCGUGCACCGUGUGUCAGUGCAGAGCGUCACCGACCGGGGCUUGUCAGACGAGCUGCGUUGCACCUUGCUGGUGGGGGCCAACGUCGUGGUGGCGCCCUGCGGCCUCCGGGUGGACGACAUCCAGCGCGACACUGCCGAGCUCUCCUGGUUGCCUAGCAACAGUAACUAUGGCCACACUGUGUUCUUGGACGGGGCAGAGCACGCAGUGGUGAAGCCGGGAAGGUAUAGACUGCGCUUCAUCAACCUGAAGCCCCUGACGGUGUACAAAGUGACGGUGGUGGCACAGCCGCACCAGGUGCCAUGGCAACUGCCGCUGGAGCAGAGGGAGAGGAAGGAAGCCGGUGUGGAGUUCUGCACGCAGGCUGCAGGUCCAACACCAUAUUGCAGAGCAGGCCCUCCUCAGCCUCCCCAAGAUGUACAGGUGCUCUGUGGGCAGGCUCCAGGGGUGCUUCAGGUCCGCUGGAAGCCCCCCCUCCUCUCUCCAACAGGCACAUCUAAUGGGGCAAAUGUCGUUGGCUACGCAGUCUGCACGAAAGGACAGAGGCAUAUGCACAAGGCUGUAGAGCUGAAGCAGCAGCUGCAGAUAGAGCAUGAGCAAGCCUUGGUGGCCCUUCACACCAAGCAGAAGGAGAUCAAUCAACUGCAAAAGGUCAAGGUUCGUGACCUGGAGCAGAAAUGCAGGUCACAGAGUGAACACUUCCACCAGCUGUCCAACGAGCUGCUGAAUUUCCGUCUGCAACCAGAUACUGUGGACAUCCUUAAAAUUAGUCCCAAUUCCGCAUCCCAGAUCCCACUCUCAUCAGAGAAGAAACUCUCACAAGUCAUUGUUGGAUUUGAGGACCAGACAGAGACAGGCGAUGAGAGCGCGGCAAACACGCCGCUACUGAUCUCCCAGUUCUUGCCCUGCACACCACAGACUGGAGACAGAGAAAGACCAGAACUGCUGUCUGUCAAAUCCAGCACUGUGACAACGGACCGCCCAAACAGCCCUCGACAGCGGACCCCCUCAGAGAUGGAGGAUGAGACCAGCCCAUCACCCAGGUCCAAGCCUCGCUACACAGGCCAGGUCCGCCUUUGCACUGCCCGAUACAGUUACAACCCUUACGAUGGACCAAACGAGCACCCUGAAGCAGAGCUCCCCCUCGUGGCCGGAAAGUAUCUGUACGUGUAUGGAAACAUGGAUGACGACGGCUUCUAUGAAGGGGAGCUGCUGGACGGCCAGCGAGGACUUGUUCCUUCCAACUUUGUGGAAUUUGUCCAGGACAAGGAAAAACUAGCGAUUCAGUCUGGGGAGGGCGGGGAAGACCUGGGCCCACUGGACCAUAUGCCUCUGGCCUUGACAGCUGUGGAUGGAGGUGCCUCCCAGGAUGGCCUCCUGGGCUCAUGUAACGCCUUGGUUCCCUGUAGCAAUGGGACAGGAGGGCCCCUGGACCCCGAGGACCUGGCUGAAGACGUCGUGCCUUAUCCCCGAAAGAUCAACUUGAUCAAGCAGCUGGCACGGAGCGUCAUCGUGGCCUGGGAGCCUCCACUAGUGCCUUUGGGCUGGGGGAACAUCUCUGGCUACAAUGUGUUAAUAGACGGGGAGCUCCGUGCCAGCAUACCGUACGGUGGCCGGACCAAGUGCUUGCUGGAGAAGCUGGACCUGGACGGCUGCGUGCACCGUGUGUCAGUGCAGAGCGUCACCGACCGGGGCUUGUCAGACGAGCUGCGUUGCACCUUGCUGGUGGGGGCCAACGUCGUGGUGGCGCCCUGCGGCCUCCGGGUGGACGACAUCCAGCGCGACACUGCCGAGCUCUCCUGGUUGCCUAGCAACAGUAACUAUGGCCACACUGUGUUCUUGGACGGGGCAGAGCACGCAGUGGUGAAGCCGGGAAGGUAUAGACUGCGCUUCAUCAACCUGAAGCCCCUGACGGUGUACAAAGUGACGGUGGUGGCACAGCCGCACCAGGUGCCAUGGCAACUGCCGCUGGAGCAGAGGGAGAGGAAGGAAGCCGGUGUGGAGUUCUGCACGCAGGCUGCAGGCCCUCCUCAGCCUCCCCAAGAUGUACAGGUGCUCUGUGGGCAGGCUCCAGGGGUGCUUCAGGUCCGCUGGAAGCCCCCCCUCCUCUCUCCAACAGGCACAUCUAAUGGGGCAAAUGUCGUUGGCUACGCAGUCUGCACGAAAGGACAGAGGAUAGCGGAGGUGUUGUACCCAAUGGCAGACUACGUUACUGUUGAGCUGACAAGGAUUCAGUGCCUGGAGGCCAGGGAAGUCAUCGUCCGGACGCUGUCAGUACAGGGAGAAUCCCAGGACUCCCAAGUCGCCGUCAUUCCAAACAACCUCCUCGUGCCUCUACCUGCGCUUCCCCUGCCGCCGCCGAUGCACCCCCACGCAGGCCCCCCUCCGCACCCCCACGCUCAACCCCACCUCCAAUCCCCUCACCUUCCUCACGCCACACCCCAGCUCCCCGCUCCACCCCAGGCACUCGGACAACCGCUCCCACCCCAUCCUCCUCACCCUCAACCCCACCCUAGACUCCCUCACCCGGGCGGACCCCCGCAACCCCAGCUUCGACCCCCACACCCUCAGCCCCAGCAUCUACACCUUCAGCCUCACCCUCCCCACCAAGGCCCCAGGCCCCAGCACCAACUGCCUCUGCUCCCCCACCCCCAGCACCACCCUAUACCUCAGAGACCAGUAUGUGCCAGAGACCUGGAUGCCAAAGAGCACGCAGCCCAACACGGGGGAGCCAUUCCACCCGGCCAGUCUGGCUGGGACCCCACACGCUCUCCCUCCUCCCAGCCUCCUGUGCCCAUGCAAGGCCACACUCUCGAGGCCCCUCCCCUUCCCAAUCCACGCUCCCCAUCCCCACAGAGGAUUCUCCCGCAGCCCCGAGGCACGCUCAUCCCGGACACCGUGGCCAAAGCCAUCGCCCGAGAAGCAGCGCAGAGGGUGGCAGCAGAAAGCGGCAAGGGGGAUCGGAGGCAGGGCAGAUACGGAGAGCAGGAUCGUUCAUUUCACCAGCAUCACUCUGAUGAGGAGGAAGAAGAUGAAGAAGGGUUUGCGCGCGGCCGUCGGAGAGGACCCUCAGUCGACGAGUUCCUCAGAGGCUCUGAGCUGGGGCGGCCGCCUCACUAUAGUCACAAUGAAGAUUAUCACAGCGAGAGCAGCCGGGGCUCUGACCUGUCUGACAUCAUGGAAGAGGAUGAGGAGGAGCUGUACUCUGAGAUGCAGCUGGAAGAGGGACGUCGACGCAACUCGCACAACACACCCAAGAGCAACACUCCAGCUGGAGGCCGUCAUGACCGGGAGACUGGGAGAAGAAUUCAUCAUGGCGGUCCCCAGCCUCAGAGACGACCUCUGAUGGUCCCCUCUAUUGAGGUAACCUCUGAGAAUAACAGUGAGGGAAACCCCGUCACCGAGGAUGUUUACUAUGGCAGAGUAGCUCGGCACAAGACGUGGCCUUCCCGCAGGCACAUGGGCGGCACCAGGUCUCCCCAUGAUGGCUACAGGGACCGGGAUCGCCGCUCUCCCACGUACUACGACGAGUCAGAGCCUGAAGAGUCUUUCCGAAUCUUUGUGGCCCUCUUCGACUACGACCCUCUGUCCAUGUCCCCCAACCCAGACGCAGCUGACGAGGAGCUGCCCUUCAAAGAGGGGCAGAUCAUUAGGGUGUAUGGUGAUAAAGAUACAGAUGGGUUUUACAGAGGAGAGGUGAGGGGCAGGAUGGGGCUGAUCCCCUGCAACAUGGUGUCAGAGAUCCGAGCGGAGGACGAGGAGACCAUGGACCAGCUCAUUAAACAGGGCUUCCUGCCACUCAGCACCCCUGUGGACAGAAUAGAGCAGAACAGAAGAGGCCUCCGUCGAGACCAGACCUCGAGGAGGAUGGUGGCUCUGUACGACUACGACCCCCGAGAGAGCUCCCCUAAUGUUGAUGUCGAGGCUGAGCUGACCUUCUGUGCUGGUGACAUCAUGGCUGUGUUUGGAGAUAUUGAUGAAGACGGAUUCUAUUAUGGUGAAAUCAAUGGCCACCGCGGUCUGGUUCCCUCUAACUUCCUGGAAGAAGUGCCUGAUGACGUGGAGGUGUAUCUGACCGAUACUCCAUCCCACUACCCCCAGGAAGAGCCUGCCAACCGGCCCCCUGCCAACUCUGCCGCAACCGUCUCAGAGGGCAAACGGGUUACCACAGAAACCACAGACACGGUCGACAACAACGCCGCACCCAUUCGAACGCCGUCCCCGAUCGUUCGGCCCCUCCUCCCGGGCACCAUGAGACCCCUCAGCCCUACAAGGGGCCCCCACCUCCCAGUGGAGCCUCGGGACCCCCGGGACCAAGAUCUGGCCAACAAGAAGAAGAAGGGACUACUUUCCAAGGGGAAGAAGCUGCUGAAGAGACUCUCCCCCGUGAAGUAA